GAUGGUCCUACUAAUAAAUUGUUCUUUUAUAAUAUAGUUAUCUUUUUAUUGUAUUUGGCCAGAGAAGCGGCUGCUGCCGCUCUUCCUUGUAAUCGUGAAGGAAAAUUAUGAAAUACCCGUGAGCGCCAAAUCGAAAGGCUAAAGAGUGCCGGUCCAGGCAUCUCAAGAAACAGUAUCUAGUCAGUAACCGAUCCCGUGAUUACAUCGGACCUGCGCCAUGGCCUCUGAAUUUGUGAUAGGAGGGUUGGCCUCGGUGGGAGCCACCUUUUUCACAAAUCCCAUAGAGGUGGUCAAGACUCGUAUCCAGCUGCAGGGUGAACUGGCGGCAAGAGGCACUUAUGUGGAACCCUACAGGGGACUUUUCAAUGGUCUGGUGACCGUCGGUAAAAACGAAGGAUGGAUGGCCCUUCAAAAGGGAUUGGCUCCCGCCUUGUGCUUCCAGUUCAUCAUAAAUUCCUGCCGACUUAGCAUUUAUUCGGAGGCCAAUGAACGGCGUUGGAUACACACCAAGACCGGAGAGGUGUCCUACAGCUUGGGCCUCUUAUGGGGCGCCAUUGGAGGCGUUGUUGGAAGCUACUUCUCCAGCCCAUUUUUCCUGAUCAAAACUCAGUUGCAGGCACAGGCUGCCAAGCAAAUCGCUGUGGGCCACCAGCACACACACUCGUCGAUGAGCGAUGCGUUGCGGCAGAUCUAUGGCAAGAACGGAAUCAGUGGCCUAUGGCGAGGAUCGAUGGCAGCACUGCCACGGGCUGCCCUCGGAUCGGGAGCUCAAAUAGCCACGUUUGGGAAGGUCAAGGCGUUUCUGGUGCAAAAGGACUUAGUUGUCCAACCCACCUGUAACUCCUUCUGCGCUGGUUUAAUAGCUGGUUCGGUCAUGGCAGUGGCCAUGACGCCUCCAGACGUGAUAGCCACUAGGCUGUACAAUCAGGGAGUAGACGCACAGGGUCGGGGCUUGCUGUACCGUGGUUGGACGGAUUGUGCACUAAAAAUUUUGCGAACAGAGGGCAUGUACGGUCUGUACAAGGGUUUCUGGCCCAACUAUCUGCGUAUUGCGCCCCACUCGACCUUGGUGCUGCUCUUCUUUGACGAGUUGAUCCUGCUCCGCAACAAGUUUGCGCCUCAGUCUUGAAAAUUUGGUAGCCUAUAAUUUAAGUACAAAAUCGUUUGACGUACUCCUUUGUUAGCUAUUAGUAGUCAGAAUUCCUAGAUCCAGUUUCCUUAUUUUAUUAUAGACGCUAAUUGUGCCUUCGGAUGCUAACUCAAGCUCAAAUCCUGUAGUCAGUAAUUGUGCAAUAUUUUGCGAAAUAAACCUGUUAAAUUGUUACGUUUUUUACACC